UCAGUUCUACUUGGUGUUUGUGCCACUGUUGCCGUGGGCCGACCAGGCCAUCCUAACGACCCUUACAAAAGGCGUGCGAGGGCGCCUAACGUGCACCCACGAUUACUUAAUUUGCUGAUUUGACGACAGUAAUCUUCGCAAUAUUGGCGCUGGCAGAUGUUGAACAUGUUAUCAAUGCAGAGAGAUGGGUGGGUGCCCUCAUGGAUAUUUAAUUGCUUCCUUUCCAGUACGUCUUGUUUUCUCAAAUUGCAGUUGAAGCGCAGAUGGGGGGAACAUGACGUUUUCAGAAUUUCGUAAUAAAAACCUGUCGGAUAAGUUGGGUUGAAUUUAUAGAAAUAUUUUAUAAUGGCGGGGUAAUGAUUCGUAAAUCCACUGUUUGAGAAUAUCUACUAGUGUGAGUACUGAUCGGUAAGACUCAAACACAGUAAGCAGAGAGUAUCCAUGAGCUGGCAAUGGCUGCCCAUGAUAUACCCUUAGAAUCAUGUGUCUCUUCACAACUCGGUGCAAUUGCGAAGGUUUUAUGAUGCCAUAAAGAUAACAGCUUAACUAGCGCGAGAUCGCAUGCCUUUGAUGGGGAAAACCCUUUGAUCUGUAGCAUUGGAUGGUUUCUUCGGUUGUAAAGUUCAGAGGACACCUGAAAGUGUCACUCAAACUAAAACUGAAGAGAAAAUCGAUUCUAUUGCGUUACACAUUGCAGACUACUUGCAUUGUGUUGUGCUGGGUAUGAUGUAGCCACAAUUAGGCAUUUUAAUUGUAGUUGUCACGUUAGCGGCUUGGUAUUUGAAUAUAGAAAUAACAUUAUUAUAACACUGCUGAAACACUGUCCGAAUUUUUAUAACUGUCAAUUGUAUAUACACAGUCAAAAUCUACCGUUUUCUGUAAAAGUUUAAGUGCAUCCUAUCUAUCUAUCUAUCUAUCUAUCUAUCUAUCUAUCUAUCUAUCUAUCUAUCUAUCUAUCUAUCUAUCUAUCUAUCUAUCUAUCUAUCUAUCUAUCUAUACACAAUCAACAAAAAUUACAAGUGCAUUUAUGCAACACUAUACUUACAUUAAUCCUGGAAUGAUUGAAUCUAUCUAUCUAUCACAUGCAUUGUUUCCCCAUUUCCCACCACACGAUUUAACACAAUUGUAUUGGAUAAUACGUAAUAUUUCAUAGGCUGCCAUUCUACAUUGACUCCCCAAUGAAGUACUUUGGUACAUUUCUCAAAAAAUCUUCAUUAGGUGCACAAAUCCUGCGCCAUCACAGCGUUCGCGUAUUUCACACCACGGUUUGCGCUUGAGCUUUUCAGUCACAGAUUUCGUCACGGCAACACGUUAUUUUAGUUAUCCCGUUAAGGACAAUAAAAUUGAAUAGUAUGCAGUUUUUACUUCUCACAUUAUCGUGUAAGAUGAAAAUGCGAUCGAAUAAUAAUAGUAAUAAAAUAGACACAUACUAUAUUUUAAUGUGUAUGGAAUUUGUAGUCUUGCAGAAAUGCGAUUUGUAUGUGAUUUGAUUUGAUUUGUAUGUGAUUUUAUAGAUAAAAGCAGAGAAGUAUAGCAAAGCCUUUUGAAUGUAACUAGUGUUCCCGAAAGACUACGAACUAAAUGGAAUAUUUAAUGGAUAUAUUUUGAUUCCAAUAUAUUUUUCUCACAUUCAUUUUUAACAAGUCUGUUAGAGUGUUCCAAGUUAUCAUGCACUUAAAAGCUAUGAGUAAUAUAUCUAUUUUGCCACCAGAACAUUUGCUCGUAUGUUUUAUCGUUUCAUUCUCGAUCUUAUAUGAUGCUGGGUUCGCUGUCCAUGCAGCAAACGAUUCCUUUAUGCAUAGUUUAUUCAGAUCAUCACAUUUCAGAAUUCCACUUAAACCUGUUAGCAGAACUCCUUGAUACCAACUUGCUUUUAUGUUGCCUAUUAAAACAAGAUCACGGAUGCUUGCGUUUUAAGCGACUGAAUCAAACUAGAAUCCAUUGACGCUGUUUAGCCUCGCUGAAAACUGGCAUUUAGUAUACGGGAAGAAAAAUUAACACGUCACAUCUCGCAGUUCACAGCGAGGUCACAAAUAGCAGUAAGAUAAAUCUGCACAGCCUUAGAGCCACCAGCAGAGUCCGCUUUAGGCCAAGUUCACCGUCAUCAGCUUGCGCUGCAACAAACUGAACCGGAAAUUAGUUGAGUGCUUUGAUAUUAAAAACACGUGAGGCCACACAAUAUUUGAUUUACUUAGUUUUGUGGCCCUACUUGACACUUUUUGUAUUCCACAGGUAGCUUAUUGCUGUAAUUAUACUGUAUAGCCUGAAGUUGAUAAAAACUGCCCCCAAAUCUGCAAAUGUUUAAAUUCAGGCCAGGCGUAAACUGCUUAAUGAUUGGCGUUAUAAUUCUGCUGAUACCACUAGCCAUUUUCAUCCACCGCAGACACAGUUGGGCUGCUAGCCAUGGCGCGAUGCUGGGGCGGAUGGGCGUGAGGAAAAAUGGGGGUCAAAAGUUUACGCGCUGGACAAGUCCUGGUCAUCUGUUCAGCCAAGGCUUGAUGCCAGCGUUAUAAUAGCGAUCUUGACUCCCAGCACAAAAGAUAAAAUAGCUUUGAAUUACACAUGUAUCACGGUGGACUCCAGGUGAACCCGGGAGACGCAGUAACCCGGGGUUAUGAACCGCGGGGUGUGAGGCUCCCUCACUGGCUUGUACCAGCUGGUAAUCUUUGCAUUUUAUUAAGGUAUUAAUUACAUUUGCUUUGGAAUUAAAAACAUUUACAGCUGGAUUGUGAGCAAUAAUAUGUCAGAAUAAACACAUAGAAAAUGCUAAAGGACAAAUGUGAAUGUUACAAUAGUAUCUUGCUAAAAUAUUCGAAAACACGUUAGUUUUGUGGUCUGCUUAUUAUUUUUUUCUACAACGCAAGUACGAACUUCAAAUACACAAAUGCACAAUAAUACAUUUCGAAUCUCGUGAAAAUUCACUGCGUGGAAGCGUAACAUUAAGUUAAACGUGGUUUUCUUUGAGGUCAUAUGGUAACGAACGUUAUUAAUUAAGUUGGAAAAGCUGAUUUUUCUUCUGUGAUCGGAUUGAAAAGAUUCCAUGAAAUUCCAUAAAAUCAUUUUUUUUCUCAUCCAUAUUGAUCUGUAACAGAAAUCGAACCGGGGCUGUAUUUUCUUUUCCAGAAUAACCUAUAAACACGUAUAUUAAAUGCCCAAGUAUAGGGAAACGGCAUCUAUUUGCCUAAGAUCAUGUUGAUUGUCCGUAAUAAUUUGUUGUUUGUUGUGUGGGCUUAGGAGCGCGUGUACAUCCUUGGAAUGGUGACAGAAGCUACGGAAAUCCUAUUUUUUUCCUGAACGAAACAAUUAUACAUCAGAAUUAUAUAAUCAAUUCCUGAAGCUAAACAAAAUGAGAUUUUACGAUUUGAUUUGAAGUCAGUUAAUUGCGCCCUGCCGAAAUUAAGGCGAGUCUUACAUUAUUUCAACUAUAUAUUAUUAAAAUGAAAUAUUUCUAUAGAUCUUCUGUGAAGAUGUAAAAUACAUAGUUUAAAACGAAAUAAACUUGCUCCAGUUUGCCCAGAUUUGACCGAAACGAAUACAUUUUCAUUUUUGUUUUGUUUGAAGAAUUAACUACGCUGAAAUAAAUUUUUAAAAAUGGCAACGAUUUAGAGAUUAUGAAAAACAAAGAAAUGCCGUUGUAAGAAGUGUAACUUAAUUUGGUGAUAAAUCCAACUAUAAACAAUUACGUAUAUGGGUUUUUCUCGAAUAAUCGAGCAGUUUUUGGAUUGCUAUGCAUAUUAUGGUUGACGUUUUUGAGGAUAUUGUCUCCGAACUGACCUGGAUCAUUUUAAACACAGUAAAUUUAUUUAAAUAUACUCUUAAUUAAUAACUUUGCUGAUAUAAUAAUGAUUGAACUGUGAUCAAUUAAAGUAACAUUACAAUAAUUUCUCAUUAGAGUUGAUAUUAUUUAAUACUAUUCAAGUCAAGUAUUACUCAGUUUAGCUUUUCUUAAACCAUAUAAGAUAUGGUUAUGGUUUUCAAAUAAACAAAUUUUUUAUGCUUCCCAACUUAAAAAGGUGUUUUCCAUUUCAUUAAUUGUUCGUACUGCAUGAUUUCAUCCCGGCCAUUUCACUAAAGUUAUACAUCAAAGAACAUAUGAAUAUUAGGACGCAAUAUUACAUUAAAGUAAAAUAUUACGAUAACUAAUGACGUGGGCCUUUAUAUGUACCUCAGUAUGUAAAGGAGAUUCUCUUUAGAGGGCGAACUUACAAUUUCAUGCCUGUUUUAUAACGAAGAACAAGUCUUAAGUCGUUAUAAUCUUAAAACACAACCGAACAUAUGCAUGGCUACAUUUAUUGGGAUUGUAGUUUUCGUUUUUCUUUAAACAUGUAGAGUUCUACACUAAGGUCUUGAUCAAUGGAUACUUAAAGUAUAUAAACAUAAAGAUACAGGAUAAGCGCUUUUCGAGAAGCUCGUCAAGACUUCCCUUGUAAGAACUGUACUAUAAUCAGGGCAAAGCCAAUUAAAAUAAGGUGGGCACGUGUGUAUGAGUACGUGUAAUGUUUUUUGCACAUAGCCUAUCCAUAAUAUUUAGAAUUCCAAGUGCUUAAUAUAAUUGCAGAGUAAUAGUUACUCAAGAUUUAUGGUCUAUCGUAAAUAACAGCAUUCGGCACUAAAUCCAAACCGUAAAACAAACAUGUGAAUGCGUACUGUGCUAUUUUGUAAAUUCUCAUGCACUGCACAAAUGGCGGCAUUUAUUUGAUGCUGCAGACGUUAAUUCCGCUUUUUGGGUAUUUUCUUUUUCAUUCUGAAGAAAGACCUGGCAUAUUCAUACGAAAGGAUAUAAAUGUCUUUGAAAUCACAACUUCAUGAGUUGUAAAGGCGUUUCGUCAUUUUUUUUGUCUUUUUGAGAGCAACUGGGUGCUGACCCCUGCCCAUCGCUUCGUUAUCUCCCCUCAUAGACCCUGGAAAGCGAAGUCCAAGUCUGGGGUGAAUUUCAGGUCACUGCGUCUAACAAAUAUGAAAAUGGCCUCCUGAAGGACACGCCUUGUUGUUUAACAAAGACUGUCAAUGUCCAAGAUUAAUAAGACAAAAUGGGGAUGGUGUCACUUUUCGGUCAGUAUUAAGUUAGAGACGAUCUGCUUGUUUAAGGGGACACAGAACCCAAUUUUUGAUUUUCCUGAGGCUUGCCGGUGGUCACAGUGCUCGCUUCGCGUGAGCACUGCUGCCUAUCUUCCGUAGCAGCAUGUUUGACAGUCGAAUGGAAGACAGUCAAAUGGGAGCAGGUCAUGAAAAGGAUGGAGAGGACACACUGUAUCACGUAAGGGAACUUGGAAAAUCGAGAUUUUAUAACUCAGUUAAUUUUCUUAAUGAGACUGUCCUAAAACACCGUUGUUACCUUUGAGUCAGUGCAGUCAGAGAGUAACAUACGUGAUAUAUAGUGACGAUGUUGCUGAAAGUUCUACGUAUGGGAUUUUCAGAGACUGUAGCAUACAGCCUGCUCUGUCUUAAAAUUACCGUAAAUCACAGAGAGAAGCAAAAAACAUAUACCUCGACAUUAGUUUGCAGGCUUCCAACCACUGCAUCCAAAAAAGGCUAUCUCGUCGGGUUCAGUACUGGAUGGAACGAAGAUUAACGAAACCAAUCCACACCACACAUCUUAAAUACCUUUAUAUGUGUGGGUUUGUUAUAUAGGUCGAAUUACCGGAACAAUAAUAUGAUUUAGUGUAACAUAUCACUUUCUUGAAUUGUAGUAUGGACGAAGGUGUGUUCAUUCUCAAAUAUGUUUCACGAUUUAAAUCUGCUCAAAGGGCACUAAUAAGAGUUGCGCGUCACACCACUUGAAUUCAAGUAAACGACCUUAACUUUACAUAUUUCAAAAACCUUAGAAAACGUUUAUUUUGUCUUUGUUUUUUCCUGUCGUGUACUGGAAACAGUAACCUUGAUUUUACUGUUAGUUUUUCAUUCCUAAAGUAGGCGAAAUCUUUCUUAUUCCUGUUAUCUUGUUCUACCCAACGCAAUACACGUAGAUUUAAGAAAUUGGUUAACUGAAGAGUAUAUAUAUGAAAUUGUUUUCAACAGGCGAACUCGGAAUGUAUUAAAGAGUCACCGGGCGGUUUUACGUAAGAAACGUAACUCUGGUAAACUGACAAUAUAUAUACAAUUAAUUGAGUGGAAAUAAUUUUAUAUGUGCAUAAUAUAGGUUUACCUUGAGUGCCUUUAAAACAAUUGUCAUGGAAUUUCCAUUGAUUUAUUUAUGUCACGGCAAUAUUACAGGUUCGUAUUGUAAGGAUUUUUGCUUCGUCUUCUUAAAACUCACCUUUGUUAACACCGAAAAGGUGUUUAUCAAUUUCGUGUGCAGCUGCUACAUGCUAUAUUACUUCAAAUAAAGGAUUCAAAUUAUUUAAUUAUUGGAUUUGACCAAAAUGAGAAAGCAUUGGUUUGAUGUUUUUUUCCUGAUACUAUGUGACAUUGGUUGCAGUUAUGUUACAAUGCAUACCAAUACAACAGUGAUUUUCAAGCUAAGAGAACGUAAUAUAGCACAAAACAUACUGAAAACAUCUUUCAUCAUUGCAUUUGCCUUACAUUUUGGUAUAAUUAGUAACAUGCAAAGGUGGACUGUCUAGUCUUUUCGUUGUGUUCAUAGCUAAUUUCUAUUGGUGUCUCUUUACACGAUGCCCACUGGAGAUUCAGUGAUUGGUGGAUUGUCUCACGUGAUCUUCCAACUUUGUACAUUUGACAGGAGUAGGAGGGUUUUUUGUUGAGAUCAGAAAAACGAAAGCACGAUAAAAAUUAGCAAUAUUGCACUUCACAAAUUAAUGACCAUGAGUUCAUAUUUGAUAAACUCAAACUACAUGGAACCAUCUUUUCCUCCAUGCGAGGAAUAUCAGCAGAAUGGAUACCUUCCUGCCCCUUCUGAAUACUACGAACGGCCGAAAGAUCCAGGCUUCUCUAAUCACGAUGAGGCAACCUACCAGCGGUCAAACUACACGGAAUCAAACUACGACUUCAAUGCCACUUCGACUGGACUGGACGGCUUUGCCGAAGGUGGUCAUGUUCAGACCCAGUCCGGUCGUCAGAAUUCGGAUCCCCUGCGGAUUCCGAGCAGUGAAGGUGCCGUAGCCAUUACCAAGGAUUCUAGUCUCUCCAACGACACAUUUACGCACAUACAGAAGGCGAAAGAACCCGUGGUGUACCCUUGGAUGAAAAAGGUGCACGUUAACACCGUGAAUUCCAGUUUCACUGGGGAAGUGCCCAAGAGGUCCCGCACCGCCUACACCCGACAGCAAGCUCUAGAGCUUGAGAAAGAAUUCCAUUUCAAUCGUUACUUAACUAGACGCCGACGUGUGGAAAUAGCACACACAAUGUGCCUGUCGGAACGGCAGGUAAAGAUCUGGUUUCAGAAUCGAAGGAUGAAGUGGAAGAAAGACCAUAAACUGCCAAAUACUAAGGUCCGUUCUGCCAGCUCAACGGCUGGACACCAACAAAUCAAAACACCCACUCGUCAACAGCAACAGCUUGUCCCAGCGCCCUGUACAGCGAGCUUAUAGUAACCGAAUGAGAGAGAACCAUUGACCAAACAGAUUGAGGAGGCGAAUGCAGAAUUUGGACAUACAUUGAAGAAUGUGACAUUAAUUCUGAAGUGAUGACCACUUGCCUAUUCUCACUGUCCGUGUUUGAAUUAUUAAUAGCUAAGAGCGCGGGUUUGAGAGUAUUUCGCAAAAUAUAUUUGAAAUUCCGAAAAGACUGAAAGGGCGCAGAAGUCUCCAUCUGGUGUCUUGACCGUCAUUUUGUGUAGAUUGAGAUAUACUCUUGAAAAUAGAUAGCUUAACUGUUUUAAGGGUAAAUUUUCUGUCACGUCCAGGUGACUGACCUAUGUAUAUAGAACGAACCCUCCCAGACGUACAUUAUGUAUGUUUGGUGAAGAUAAUAGCUCUUUAGUGCUAUUGGAAAGUCGUUUUCUGUGUUUAGGCCUAUUCGUGAGUGUAAGUUUUGUGAAGCAGUGAUUUGAACUGUGUUCAUUACUGUGACGUUAUAUCAGUUUUUUGGAUAAUAAAAUAAGUGUUAUAGUCUAUGCAAGGCACAAUAGAAGUUAAAUAAAAUAUGUUUAUAUGUCCAGA